GUACUGGUUAAAGUUGGCGGCUUAAAUAACUCGAGGUCAACGUGUUAAUUCGUAGAUAUUUCUGCUGAUUCAUUUCUGCAAUGAAUUGAGUGGAAGUUAAAAUUAACGAAUGGAUAUUAAUGAUCUUACAGCAUUCGAUAAAGUUGUAAACUUUAACGAAGACUUCGCUUCAGAUUAUAAAUUUCAUAAAAAAACUUAUUUUCCAACAUCUAGUUUUUGUAACUAUUCAAUUGUUGAAAAAAAGAAAAAAUCACAAUCAUUGAAUGAUAAUUCUCGUUUAGAUGAUUCUUUCACAUCUUAUCAUAAUGAUCAAUUGAAAUUGGUUAAGAAAAGUAAUUUGAAAAAUUUAUGGGAUCAAAAGUGUGAAAGAUUAACACAGAGUAUAUAUUUAUUCAAUGAACCAUUGAAAUUUAUCAGUUAUCAACCAGUUUUCAAUACUGUAAACUUUAUCAAUCUAUAUUCACAUCAUGCUUACAGACAUUUGAAAUGUUGUAGACCAUCAUUUAUAAAUAAUAUUUCUUUCAAUUCCUCUAUUCGUUCUCAGUCGUCAGAUGCUCGUGUUUGUGCGUUAACUAAACAAAAAAUGAUGUCACUUUCAAGUUUUAUUCAUUAUAAGAAUGAGAAAAAACUUGUAAGAUCAUUCUCAGAAACAUCUCUUCAACAUAUAUAUAUUUUAAUGGAGAGAAAUAAUGAUAUUGAAAGAAAAAUGCAUAAAUCAUUGAAUAAUUAUGAAAAAGAAUUAAUUUAUCUUAAGAAACAGGUUAAUAAAGAUACUGAAGAAACUGAAAAAAUUGUAAAUGAACUUAAUCUUGUAAAAUAUGAAGAAAAACAACUUGAUAAUCAUUUAUAUGAAUUAACAAGAGAUGGUUUAAUAAAAGCUGAUAUUAUUGCUAAACUCAAAGAAAAGGUGUCUGAGUUAUACGCUGAAAUGGAAUCUCUUCGAAGUGUUCAUUUACAAGCUAUAUAUCAUCAAAAUGAUUUACAAAAAGAAAUUGAAAAUUUAAGAUAUUCACGUGAUUGGUAUGCAGAUCAACUUUUAUUGACUCAAUCUCGACAUGAUCAUUGUAAUAUAGAACCGAUAAGAAUUUAUAAUCUAUUAAAAGAUAAUAAUGAUAUAAAUCAUCGAUUAAUACAUGAAAAUGCUUGUUUACAAGCUCAACUAGCAUGUACUAAAGCAUCAUUAAUUGAUACAAAACGAAAUCUUAUUCGUCAAUUAGAAUCUAUUCGUAUUGAUAUAUUAGAACGUGAAACAAUAUUUCAGUAUAUUACUAAUGAAAAAAAUUCAUUUGAAAAUAGAUAUCAUCAACAAGCUAAUGAAAUUAUUGAAUUACAUAAAUAUAUUUUAAAUUUACAAAUGAAACUUACAACAGCUGAAGAAUAUAUUUUAUACCAAAAAAAUAAAUUAUUAAAUAGUGAAAAAGCAUUAAAAAUUUCAGAAAAUAAAUAUAAAAAUUUAUUAAAUAAAUUAAAUUGUUUUGAAAGAGAAUAUUUAGAGAAAGAGAAUUAUUUAAAUAAUCGAAUCUCUAAGUAUAAUAUUAUUUUAGAUAACUUAAAAGAUUAUAAUCAUAGUUAUGUAACUAAAGAUAUUUUAAUUAAUGAAAUUCUUGAAGAGAAAACAACACUUACAUUAACUCUUUCAGCAAUACAACAUGAAAAAGAGAUAUUAAAUAAUUAUUUAAUUAAAUUAAAAAAUAAUUUAAUGAAAGUUGAAAAAAGUUUUAGUGUAUUACAACAUGAAAUUGAAUUAAAAUCUAUGCAUAUUAUUGACCUUACAAAUCAACGAGAUAAUAUGAUGAAUAAAAUUAAGAUACUUGAAAGUCAAUUAAAUAAUUAUUAUAAAUUAAUUAAAAAUUUAAGUAUAGAAAAACAAGAAAUAAAAUCUAUUAUAAAAUAUCCUAAUGAUAACGACUUAUUAUUAUCGGAUAAUAAUAAUGUUAUUUCAAUUGAUAUUCCAUAUAAAAUCAACUUGUAUAUACCAAUAGAUCAAAUAUUAUCAAAUUCUACAUUAUAUAACGAGAAUUAUAUAAAAUCAAAUUGUCUUCAUAACUACUCAUAUCCUCAGUUAUUAUCAUCAUCAGAUAUGACAAAUAAUGUUGAUUCAUCUUCUGUUAUUCAAACUUCAAAUACUUCUAUAACUGUCAAUCAAAUGUAUUUCAAUGAUAAUAAUCAACACCAGAAUUCAGAUCAUUUUAACAUAGAGUCAUAUAAAAUUCAAGAUAAUAAUUUUCACUAUGAUGUUUGUAGUCUACCCUCUCAAAGUUCAUAUAUUUCAAGCUUUAAAUCUUAUCUAAAUAAUACUGAAAAUAAAAUCUUAGUUUCUUCUCCUUCUACUGAAGUUAUUAGCGUUAUUUCAUCUUCAAACUUGACACCUAUGUAUAUGAAUUGUAGUAUUAUGUAUAAACAUCCAUCAAUUUCAUCAGAACAAAUGCUUAAUGAAAUAUCUCAACAAAAUUUUUUCUCUGCUAAUGAUGAGAAAAAUAUUUGUAUUACAUCAUCAGAAACUGAAAACGAUCCAACACGAAAUAUUAAUCAGAAUAAUACUUACACAGAGUCAUCAGAUUAUGCUAUUGGUUUUCAUAAUAAGAAAUCUGAAACUAAGAAAUCAAAUAUAUUGACAAAAUACUUUGCAUAUAAUUCUCAGAACAAUUAUUCAAAGGCUAGUUAUUGUCAAUCUACUUUAGAAGUGUCAUCCCACGAAAAUACUAACCAUCUAACUCACUAUGAUAACCAAAAGGGGUUAAAUUCCACAUCGUAUGAUUGUACUGAAUUAGAUCAGUUAACCAGCUAUUCUAUGCAUAAUGAUCAUGAACAAUGUUAUCAACCUUUCAUCAUUUCUGAGCCUCCGAAUGAAACAUUCGACUCAGGUAUACACAGUGCUUCUCAGUCUGAUAUGACAACACGUUCUUCAUUGCAUAAAUGCAAUGAAUCUGAGAUUCACAGCUUGUCUACUUUUAAUCAUCUAAAAAAUACACAAAGUGAACAAGAUUGUUUAUCCAUGUAUGUCUCAGGUUUAAACCAAAAUUUAAACCAGGCUACCGACAAUAUUGUAACUUUUCAAAAAGGAGCAGAAAUUCAAACUUCGAUUGAUGAACAUGAAAUAUCAACUGUCAGCGCUCAUCAACUUGUUGUACUUGAAUUGAAUAAUACUAAAGCUGAGCUUACUGAAACUCAGAAGCUAGUGAAUCAGUUACGUCAAGAAAUUGCUUUAUCAAGAGAGGAGGUUGCUACAUUACGUGCACAUGAAGAUGAAAAACAAUCUUUUUAUGAAAGUGAAAUAAAUUCAAUGAAAACUAUUAUUAAGUUAACUAGUGAACAUCUAUCAACAGUAGUUCAGUCACUUCAUAAUACAAUGAAUGAAAAAGCUAUACUACAAGAAAAAUUCAAUCAUUUAAAGCAUGAAAUUCGUGCCAGUCUGGAAAAAUUUUGUUUAUUUACUAGUUUACACUCCCAUAAUUAUCCAUCUAAACUUGUUAACAAAUAUCCUGUUAGUUCGUUAGCUACUCUAGGAAUUGAUAUGAAAACUUUGGAAGCGUUAAUUGAUGGCAACUGUGAUAUUAUACCUGUUGAAAAAAAGCAGUCACGUAGUUUUAACACAUCUUUAGGAUCCCUUCGAGCAGAAAUAAUAAAGCUUGAGAAUGAUUUAACUUCUCAUGGUAUGAUUACCAGUGGAAUAUAGGUCAAAACGAUUGAUAUUCAAUUAACAUAGUUUCUGUGGAGAAGUUUAGAAUAAAUAAAGUAAAAUUAUGUGCUACUGAAGAAUGUUUUUCUUUUCUGUAGAGUUCAGUCACUGACAUAUAUAUGCCGGUUAGCUUUCAUUCUUAUUUGCCAUAAUCUACAAGAUCCACUCUCAGUCUUUCAUUUUUAAACUCUUGACUUAUGAGAGUAUGUUUAUUUUUUCUUCAAAAUUAUCAUGGAUUCACUAGACUGUUGUUUAUGCAAGUGUUUGUCUAUACUAUUUAUAAUUUAAUUUUGACUUUUGAGGUAAUAAAAAAGCUAUGAAUGAA